AUGGCAAACGUAGACUGGGAAAGCCUCAACAGGAAGAACUGGGAUGAGCGUGCUCCUCUUCACGCGGCAUCGCCAGACUACAACAUUCAAGACUUCAUUGCCGACCCCAACUAUCUCUCCGAAGUGGCCCGGUUCGACAUUCCGCUCCUCGGGGACAUAUCCGGCCUGCGCUGCGUGCACCUCCAGUGCCACAUUGGCACCGACACGCUAAGCCUCGCCCGGCGCGGCGCCGCCUCCGUCACCGGCCUCGACUUCUCCCCGGCCUCCCUCACCGAGGCGCGCAAGCUCGCCGCCGCCACGCACCGCUCCGGCGGCGAAAAGGUCGAUUUCGUCGAAGCCUCGGUCUACGCUGCCCUCUCCGUGCUGCCCAGCCAAGCCUUUGACCUCGUCUUCACCGGCAUCGGCGCGCUGUGCUGGAUCCCGGACGUUCGGCGCUGGGCCGGCGUCGUCGCCGGGCUGCUCCGCCCCGGCGGGAGGCUGUUCAUCCGCGAAGCCCAUCCGAUGCUCUGUGCGCUGGACGACAACGUGCCGCGCGAGGAUGGGAGGCUGGUCGUCAAGCACCCCUACUUUGAGCGCGGCGGGCAGGCGUCGGUCUUUGAUGAGGGCUCGACCUAUGUCCGGCACGAGCCGCACGAGUUUGAGAAUACGGUGUCGGCCGAGUUUAGCCAUGGCAUGGGGGAGAUUGUGCAGGCGCUGCUGGAUGCAGGCCUGCGGGUGACGGGGCUCGCGGAGCACCAGAGCGUGCCGUGGGACGCCAUCCCGGGCCAGAUGGAGGAGAUUGGAGGAGGCGAAUACGCGUUAAAGAGCGAGCGCUGGAGAGUACCAUUGACCUAUACCCUCCAAGCUGUGAAGCAGUAA